UUUGUCCAUCACACAUGCACCUAAUUAUUAGUAGCAUACACACAUAUACCAUAAUGGCACUGUCACUGACGCCCUCCCUGCAAGAUCUCGUAUCAUCACUGAUGAUACUCCUUGUUCUCUUGUACAUAUCGUACUGGAGAUCAAAGUAUCAGUCCUUGUUCCCAGUGGACUGGCCGAUAGUAGGAUUGCUCCCUACCCUCGUCGCCAACCUGCACCGCUUGCAUGACAAAAUCACCGAAUACCUCGCCGCCUCCGGCCAUAGCUUCACGGGGAACGGCCCGGCGGCGAGCAACAUGCGACUGUUCGUCACAUGUGACCCUGACAAUGUCCGGCACAUCUUCACCACCAACCAUGACAACUACCCCAAGGGCCACGAGUUCGCCGAGAUCUUCGACAUCAUGGCCGGCGCCUUCUUCACCAUGGACGGCGAUCUCUACCGCCGGCAGCGUGCCAAGACCCAUAGCAUCCUCAGCGACCCGAGGAUGGUUGCCUCGAUGGCGUCGAGCUGUGUCGACAAGGUUCGGGAUGGUCUCCUCCCGUUAUUGACAUCCAUGGCGAGCACCCGGACACCGUUCGAGUUGCAGGAUCUGGCCACGAGGCUCAUGUUCGACGUGACGGCCAUGACGGUGUUCGGCGUGGACCCUGGCCGCCUGUCCCCGGACAUGCCGUCGAUGCAUGUCUCGGCUGCGAUGGACACGAUCAUGGAGGUGGGGCUGUUCCGGCACACCGUGCCGCCGUCCUGCUGGAAGGCGAUGAGACGGCUCAAGAUUGGACCCGAGAGGAAGCUCGCCGCGGCGCACGCGGCGCUGCACGUCUUCGUCUCCGAGAUGAUGGAGAAGGCGAGGAAGCAAGAGGCAGCGCCAUCCUCCAUGUCCAUGGACGUUCUCUCCUCCUACAUCAACGACCCGGACUACGUCGGCCUCCUGCACUCCAUCCUCAUCACCUACAUGGUCGCCGGGCGCGACACGGUGGGCACCACCUUGCCGUGGUUCUUCUAUAACCUCGCCAUGAACCCGCGCGUCGUGUCCGGCAUCCGCGAAGAACUGGCACACAAUAUUGCAACAAGCACCUGCAAUGGCGAUGGCGUGCCGGUGAUGUUCUCACCGGAGGACACGAAAUCCCUCGUCUACCUGCACGCCGCGCUGUUCGAGACGCUCAGGCUGUACCCGCCGGGGUGGAUCGAGCGGAAGACGGUGGUCGCCGACGACGUGAUGCCGAGCGGGCACGAGGUACGUGCCGGCGACGCCGUGCUCAUCUCGAUCUACUCCAUGGGCAGGAUGGAGAGCCUGUGGGGGGAGGACUGCCGGGUGUACCGGCCGGAGAGGUGGCUGUACGACUCCCGCGGCGGCCGGAAAAUGCGACACGUGCCGUCGCACAAGUUCCUGUCGUUCAACUCCGGGCCGAGGAUGUGCCCCGGCAAGAACAUCGCCGUGAUGCAGAUGAAGAUCAUCGCCGCCGCCGUGGUGUGGAACUUCGACUUGGAGGUGGUGGAAGGGCAGGCCGUGGUGCCGAAGCUGUCGUGCCUUCUGCAGAUGAAGAACGGGGUCAUGGUGAAGGUGAAGAAGCGUGCUGUGUAACCGAGUUAUUACUACGUUCUCAGGAAGGCAUGCGUGCGAGUGCGACAGGCUCAGUGUCUUUUAUCAUCCGACAGUAUAUAUAUGUAUGCAAAGAUUUCCUACUUGAAUAAAGGAUGUGUUCAAAUAUAUAUUA